CAGCUAUGUUCCCUUUGUACAGUUGCAUCAUUCGUCUGCGACUCUGCCAUGCAGUCAUCAAGAUCUACACUCUACUUGCUCUUUCCAUGCUGUUUUCUCCUAUUGCCCUAGUAGGACUUGGUAUGGCUUGGGGUAACACCGCAGUCUUAGCAUCCGGAAUACGUGCGUAUAUUCCACCUGGCAUUCACGAGGGAGGGUCCUAUGUCGCCGCCGCGCCGGAACACGUUCUCGUCGUCGCGCCGAAGCACCGUCCAUAUCGCUGCUGCCUUCAACUCAUGCUUUACAUCUCAGUCAAUGCUUGUCAUAUCACUCGAUCAAGUUGAUCACACGGCACGUGAAUGUCGUUGGAACUGUCAACCGAGGCGGAGCGAGACCUCACGAGAGACUGGCCCGCGUUGGCCCAAACUCUAAGCGCGUUUGAAUCGUGGAGAAAGCUGUGGAGAAAAGCUUGGUUCGUGACGUAUCUCAAAGGUUAUUGCUCAUUUUCAUGACAGAGCCACCAACAUUCGCGACAAUCCUUUGCCGUAUGGGAGUUGGGCAGCUUGUUGGAGAUGCGGUCAGAUUGGUGCCGAGAGACCUUGUGACACUACAGCCUUGCUUCCGGCCCGCACCUCUUCUCUUGCCCC